AUGAACAUUGCUCAAUUUCCGGCGCUUCUGAAUCCGCGUCUUCUUCAAACGACGACUACACAAUAUUCUUCGACGUCAUUCAAGCCUAUUGCAUAUUUCAACGUGGAGACAGUGCAAUGGGCGAUUUUAUUCGGAGUCUCAUUCUUACUCGGCGUCGGAAUGGGCGGAAAUGACGUGGCAGAUGCAUUCGGAACGUCAGUCGGCACUGGUACUGUAACCCUGACACAAGCAUUUAUUCUAGCAACAGUGGUGGAAAUGAUGGGUGCACUUGCUGCAGGAUGGUCUGGUGAUCCAGGUAGAAAGCUGAAAAUAGUUGACACGAUGAUUUAUAAAGACGAACCUGACACAUUAAUAUUUGGACAAAUUGCGAUUUUGAUUGCAUGCGCAUCUUGGUUGCUCCUUGCAACAUAUUAUCGUAUGCCGGUUUCAUCAAUCCAUUCCUUAUUAGGAGCUACACUAGGUUUCUCAAUUGUCGUUUGCGGACUGGAAGGUGUUGUUUGGGAAAGAGUGCUGACAGUCGUAUUGACGUGGCUGUUUUCACCGGUCAUCUCGGCUGUGUUUACUCUUAUUACAUUCUUUCUUCUCGAUGUUUGCGUUCUUCAACGAAAAAACCCAGUCGAAACAGGACUUUUCAUCUUACCAAUUCUAUAUUUUUUUGUCAUAUUCAUCAACGUAUUCCUAUUAAUUCAAGACGGUUCAAGAGUAUUACAAUUGGAUGAUAUUGCGCUUUCCACAUCAAUUGCAAUAUCAAUAUUAUGUGGAGGAGUCGCCGCAAUUGUCGCACUCCUCUUCAUUGGGCCUUACAUGAAAUGGAAAAUAAGACAAGAAACCAAAGAAUUGCCAAGAAUCGCGAGUAGUUUAUCCUACAAUUUACCGAUAAAACCAUCAGGAUUUAUUCGAAAAGCAGUUUAUUGGGCUUUUCCGCCUAUUCGAAAAGAUGAUCAAAAAGCAGUUCGACUAUUUUCUCUUCUUCAAGUAAUAACGGCGAUAUUUGUCGGAUUCGCUCAUGGAGCUAACGAUAUCAUAAUUUGUGUUUCUCCAAUUCGCGAUUUGAUUGAAAUGUUCCACGAAGACACCAGCUUUAAUGAAAUACGAGAGAUUAGUCUUUACAUUGGAUUGCUUACUGCUCUAGCCGCUCUUCUCGGAAUUUGGACGUUGGGAAUUCGAGUUAUCGAAACUGUUGGAUGCGAUUUAUCGAAAAUCAAUCCUGCAACUGGAUUUUCUGUCGAAUUCGGAGCAGCAAUAACCGGUCUGAUAACAAAUUCGUUUAAUAUUCCACAAAGUCAAACGCACUGCCUUGUUGCUUCAUUGAUCGGUUUAGGACUUGUUCGCUCUGGUCCUAUACUCAAAUGGAAAACUGUGAAAAACGUUUUUGUUUCAUGGGUUCUUACAAUUCCAAUCUCAGGAUUGUUCUCAGCUGCUGUGAUGUUUCUUUUUAGAAUAAUUUAUGAUCUCAAUUAA